AUGGCUUAUGUGCGAUUGACCCUUAUCGAUGACCUGUGUUGGCCCUCUACCAGAGUCCCACAGGAGGGAGAGACUGUCCACCUCCUCAGAAGGGAAGAGGAGCACCCCCAGGAUUUCCUGGGUUCCAUUUCUAGGACUUGGAGGCCAGCUUGCCAGCAGCAGAUAGCUCGAAUCCAGAGCAGAGACAGCAGAAGGAAGGCAACAAGGAGAGACAUUAAAUCUUGGAGAGAAAGACUAAUUUCUGCCUGCACCCUUUCAUUUGAACGAAAAAGGCAAAACAAUUUAAAGAGAUUUGGAGACAUACCGCCCAAACGACCUAUAGUCGGCUUGGUGUCGCUUCGCAAGAUUUUGGUACCCAAAGUAGCAGAACCAGGACUAAGCAUCCUUCCUCUAAUCACACUUUUCUUAAAGCAAAUGUUCUGCACUGUCGAACAUCAUCUCUUCCCAAUUCAACACCUCCUCGCAGCCCGCCCCCUGGUUCCUUCCCACUCUCUACCUCGCCCCCCCACUCGCCCCCACUCUGCGCAUGCGUCCCAAGAACCCCCUACACUCGCGGCACCGGCUGAGACGACUCUUUUCGCUCAGCCGUUCCUCAAUGGGCCGCAGUGGAACCCAGGCAGCCUGCAGCCUCAGCAUACGGUGAGGAGCCUGGACCGGGCCCUGGAGGAGGCGGCCAACUCCGGCAUCCUGAGUCUCAGCGGCAGGAAACUCCGAGACUUCCCGGGCAGCGGCUACGACCUGACGGACACCACCGAAGCAGAUCUUUCCAGAAAUCGUUUUACAGAAAUUCCUUCUGAUGUCUGGUUAUUUGCACCUCUUGAAACAUUAAAUUUGUAUCAUAAUUGCAUCAAAACCAUUCCUGAAGCCAUUAAAAACCUGCAGAUGUUAACAUACCUUAACAUUAGUCGAAAUCUUUUAUCAACAUUGCCAAAAUAUCUAUUUGAUCUGCCCCUUAAAGUUUUGGUCAUCAGUAAUAACAAGCUGGUAUCCAUUCCAGAAGAAAUUGGGAAGUUAAAAGAUUUAAUGGAAUUGGAUAUUAGUUGUAAUGAGAUUCAGGUCCUUCCUCAACAAAUGGGAAAAUUACAUUCACUUAGAGAACUAAAUAUCAGAAGAAAUAAUCUUCAUGUUUUGCCAGAAGAGUUAGGAGAUCUUCCAUUGGUCAAGCUGGAUUUCUCUUGUAAUAAAGUGACAGAAAUUCCAGUUUGUUACAGGAAGCUCCAUCAUUUACAAGUAAUAAUUUUGGAUAACAAUCCAUUGCAAGUACCACCAGCACAGAUAUGUUUGAAGGGUAAAGUACAUAUAUUUAAGUACUUAAAUAUCCAAGCAUGUUGUAGAAUGGAUAAGAAACCAGAUUCUCUGGAUCUUCCAUCACUGAGCAAAAGAAUGCCCUCUCAGCCUCUCACAGACAGUAUGGAAGAUUUUUAUCCAAAUAAAAAUCAUGGCCCUGACUCUGGAAUUGGAAGUGAUAAUGGAGAGAAACGAUUAUCUACAACGGAACCUUCGGAUGAUGACACAGUCAGCCUUCACUCUCAAGUAUCAGAAUCAAAUAGAGAGCAAACAUCAAGAAAUGAUAGUCACACACUAGGAAGCAAGCCUGAUUCUCAGAAAGACCAAGAGAUAUAUGACUUUAUUGACCCCAACACAGAAGAUGUCACUGUUCCUGAACAAGGAGGGUCACAUAUGGGAUCAUUUGUCUCUUUGCUUAAGGGAAAAGAAAGAUGCUCUGAGAAAUCUCAGAAAAAUGAAGAACUCAGAAAUGAAAAAAGACUUGAGAAAGAACAGUUCCUUAGAGAAGAAGAUGAUGAUGAUUUGAAGGAAGUAACUGAUUUGAGGAAGAUAGCUGCUCAGUUAUUGAAGCAAGAUGAAAAGAACAGUGUCUCAGCAGAUGAAGUUAAUUCAUCAUCAUCACCAUUUGCAUGGCAGCCCUUCGAAAAUCAGAAGCAUCAAAUAGAUGAGCAGCAGUGGCCAGAAUCUCAACCUAUAAUUUGGCAAAGCGAAGAGAGGAGGCGGAGCAAGCAGAUUAGAAAAGAAUAUUUCAAGUACAAAUCAAUGAGGAAGAGUUCAAGUGGCAAUGAAAAUGAUGAGCAAGACAGUAACAAUGCUAAUAUGUCACCACAAUCUCCAGUAUCAUCUGAGGAAUAUGACAGAACUGAUGGUUUUUCACAUGGUCCCUUUGGAUUGAAGCCUAGAUCAGCUUUUAGCCGCUCAUCUCGCCAAGAAUAUGGGGCAGCAGAUCCAGGAUUUACAAUGAGAAGAAAGAUGGAACAUUUACGAGAAGAGCGAGAGCAAAUACGACAACUUCGUAAUAAUCUUGAAUCCAGGUUAAAAGUAAUUUUGCCUGAUGACAUUGGAGCUGCACUGAUGGAUGGUGUUGUUCUUUGCCAUUUAGCCAAUCACAUAAGGCCAUGCUCUGUAGCUAGUAUUCAUGUUCCAUCGCCAGCAGUGCCAAAGCUGAGCAUGGCAAAAUGUCGAAGAAAUGUAGAAAAUUUUCUUGAUGCUUGUAAAAAGCUUGGUGUCUCACAGGAAAGACUCUGUUUGCCUCAUCAUAUUUUGGAAGAACGAGGCCUUGUGAAAGUUGGUGUUACUGUACAGGCGCUCCUUGAAUUAUCUUCAACCAAGGCAUCUCAGCUGUCUAUGGCUUGAUACAACAUUUUUAAAGUCAUAUGUGUACAGUUUCAUUUAAUUGAAGCGAUUUCAGAUAUCUCUAGUUCAUGAAUAAGAAUGUUCAGUCGAAAAUAGUUUGCCUUAGGUUUUUUAAAAAAUUACAUUAAAACAUCAAACUUCAACUUCGAAUUGUCCAAACUUCUUUUGGGGGGGAACUGGAUUAAUUUAAUGAGAGUUUUUGAUAAAUUCAAAUUUUCUUUUUACAAAGUCAUUUCAUAAC